AUGAUGAUGAUCUUCUGUUCGUCUCUGUCUGCUUCUUUUGCUCGCACGCCCAAGUCUUCACCGCUUCACACUUAUACGACACCGUUUGGGAAUUUGAACAAGAACCCUAGAGUGUGGGUUGGGUAUUCAUAUUUUCGCUCGAGAAGAAAUCUCAGUUCUCUCUUCUUUGUGGGUUCUCCUUUGAGGGCACCGGUCAGAUGUUCCCAACAGGAACAAGAUGUGCAGCAGCUGGUACAACAGGCUGAAGCCAAGGAUCAAGUCUACGAGAUGGAGAGGCUGUUUUCAAACCUUAAUCAAGCCACAUUGAAGAGGGAACCUGGAAGCCUAAGCAGUGCAGUCUUCCUUGUUGCUGGCACCACUGUUGGUGCUGGCAUCCUUGCCAUCCCUGCUGUGACACAAGAAGCUGGAUUUCUUGCAUCAGCAGUAACCUGUAUCUUAUGCUGGAUAUUUAUGGUCGUCACUGGACUGCUCAUUGCCGAAGUAAAUGUGAACACAAUGUGCGAGCUGGGUUCCGGUGGUGUCUCAUUGGUUUCAAUGGCCAAGAGGACUCUUGGAAGUACUGGGAUUCAGGUUGCAUGCUGGUCCUACAUUUUCAUCCACUACGCACUCCUUGUGGCCUACAUAGCUCGUUCUUCAGAUAUUUUGACGAGCUUCCUCGGCAUUCCAUUAUGGGAGGCUGCAACUUUGUUUUCACUGCUUUUUGGGAGUCUGUGCUACUUCGGAAGCCAGCGAGUUAUUGGAGCGGUAAAUGGUUCUCUAGUGGUCGGCAUCAUUUUGUCUUUCACUGCUCUCGUGGCGGUAGCAAGCGGGGACUUACAUUGGGAUGCUCUUCUAAAAGUUAAUCUAGAGGCUGCACCUCAAAGCAUACCAAUUAUAGCACUUUCUUUUGUCUAUCAGAAUGUAGUACCGGUUCUUUGUACCAAUCUUGAAGGCAACUUAUCAAAAGUAAGGACUGCAAUUGUUCUGGGUACCACUAUUCCACUUGUUCUAUUUCUUGUUUGGAAUGCCGUCAUUCUUGGUAGCAUCACAACUUUGGAAGUGGGGUCGAAUACGCUCAUGGACCCCAUACAGCAACUUCGAUCGACGAAUGGCAUUGUUGGGCCGAUAGUCGACGUGUUCUCGCUUCUUGCAAUUGCCACCUCUUACAUUGGUUUCGUUCUAGGCCUCUCUGACUUCUUGGCUGACUUGUUGAAACUCCCGGCCGGUCAAAACAGGCCUUUGCCAUAUCUACUCACCCUUGUCCCGCCAUUGAUACUAUCUCUGUUGGAUCCUGAGAUAUUCUUUAAAGCACUUGAUUUUGCUGGAACGUAUGGGGUGCUCGUGCUGUUUGGGGUUCUUCCAGCCACGAUGUCCUGGUCUGACAGGUAUUCGGAACGCUGUGAAUCUCCCAAGAUUGGGGUGUUAGUUCCUGGAGGAAAAUUGAGCCUGUCGCUCGUGAUUGGAGGUGCAGGGCUCGUCAUCCUCUCCCAAAUACUCCAGAAUUUUGGGAAUGUAUAG